AUGCCACGGUCCUUUUGCAAGCAUAAGCCGAACCCUAACUAUUUGCAAGCUAGGCCUAACCAACUUCAGAAGAUUUUGAUAGCGGGCUCGCCGUCUUAUUACAGCAUUCUUGGUGUUAGUUCAGAGUCUUCUAUUGAUGAAAUAAAACGAGCUUAUCGCAAGCUUGCUAUGCGAUGGCAUCCUGAUAGGUGGACAAGAACGCCUUCUCUUUUGGGUGAAGCCAAACGUAAAUUCCAGCAGAUUCAAGAAGCCUAUUCAGUGUUAUCAGAUCAGAGGAAAAAAACAAUGUAUGAUGCAGGAUUAUAUGACCCUGAAGACGAAGAAGAUGAGGGCCUUUCUGAUUUUGUGCAAGAAAUAUUGAAUCUCAUGGCCCAGGAUAAGAGACAGGGCAAUAGUUACAGCAUGGAGGAGUUGCAGACAAUGCUCAUGGAAAUGGCGCAAGGAUUUGAAUCUUCCUCGUGGUACUGUAGACCCUCAAUUCUUGAAGAACCUAGAAAUCCAAAAAGGGCACGGUGGAAUGCAAAUCCAAUGAUGGACGGUGGAAGUUCGCAUUUCAGCGUUUCAGGCUGGGGAGUGCUUAGGACGGGCAAUUAUUGCAGCUGA